CCACUUAGCUUGUAAAUGCGCAUCACCCUCUUUCUCACUCAUAUAUUCUCUCUCUCUCUCUCUCUCUGACACACACACACGCUCCUGGAUUUGCAGAAGCCAGACAUCUAGGGCACUUCUUGGCAUCCACAGGAAAAUCAUAUGGGAUUAAAAAAACACAGCAAUGCUUGUUUACUACCCAUGUGGCAACCUCUGGACAGCCAGUAAUCCAUUCAUUAUCCAGACUGAUUGAGUGCAAGAGUAGUGCAGUGGUAACUACUUCACUCAGCUGACUGACGGCAGACGACAAAAGGAGGGAAAUGAUGAAUUCGGACAAUUUAACCUCCCGAAGCUUCCUCUCUGCAAUUCAUAGCAAUGCCAGCAAUUUAUUCUCAGGGCUCCAGUUUGUUCAGUCCUUCAAGCCACUCAUCAUUCCCUGCUACUCCCUAGUGGUUUUUAUCGGUGUCAUUGGGAAUUAUCUUCUCAUUUAUGUCAUCUGCAAAACCAAAAAAAUGCACAAUGUGACCAACUUUCUGGUGGGCAAUCUGGCUUUCUCCGACAUGCUCAUGUGUGCAACCUGCGUGCCCCUGACACUCGCAUAUGCCUUUGAGCCCAGAGGCUGGGUGUACGGGCGUUUCAUGUGCUACUUCGUUUUCCUGAUGCAGCCUGUCACCGUGUUUGUGUCUGUCUUCACCUUGACUGUCAUCGCUGUGGAUAGGUAUUAUGCUAUGGUACACCCCUUCCGGAGGAGGCUCACCAUCCCUAUUUGUGCUUACAUCCUGGCUGCCAUUUGGCUGCUGAGCUGCACCUUGGCUGCCCCAGCCCUGGUCCACACUUACCACGCAGAAUUCCCAGAGCUGGACUUCUCCAUCUGCGAGGAGUUUUGGUUCCACAUGAAAAGAGACCGCUUGGCUUACGCCUACAGCACUCUCAUCAUCACCUACGUGCUGCCCUUGGCCGUCAUCUCCCUGUCCUACCUGAGGAUCUCAGUCAAGCUGAAAAACCGUGUGGUCCCAGGCAACGUCACCCAGGGCCAGGCUGAGUGGGACCGAGCAAGGAGGAGAAAGACUUUUCGCUUGCUUGUCUUAGUGGUGGCAGCCUUUGGAGUCUGCUGGCUGCCUCUGCACAUCUUCAACAUGAUCAAGGACAUAGAUAUCAGCUUAAUUGACAAGCAGUACUUCAAUUUCAUCCAGCUGCUGUGCCACUGGUUUGCAAUGAUGUCUGCUUGUACCAAUGCCUUCCUCUACGCCUGGCUCCAUGACAGCUUCAGGGGGGAGCUGAAGAAAAUGUUUGCCUGGAGAAAGAAGAAAAUUGGACCCACAACAAACUGCAUUAUGGCCAGCGUGGUGCUGUGAACACGAGAGCUGUUGGGAGUGCUCUUCCGUCGUGCAGUAAUGCUGAAACAUACAAAAGAGUGGGAGGAGAUGGCUUUAAUUCCUACAUCUAUAUUUCCUACAAUUUCUACAUUUCCAUUAGCUGCUGGAGAUGCUGCUUCAGCAGCUGGCAGUGCUGCCGAGAGCACCUUGGUGCCUUCCAAAGGAGCAGUGAGAUUUCCCUCCAUGCUGAUUGCAGUUGUUGGUUUCCAGACAGCUUGCUGGAAAGGCAGCCUGUGGCUCACAGCAGCAGGAGGGGUUUUAGCUCCGGGACCUGUGAGAUCCGAGCGAUGUGUGCGGUGCUGAGGACCGGUCCUGCACAGGGGGGGACCCCUUAUCAACCGCAGGGACCUGGGCACGCCACCCCAUCACACCCACCCUGAGGCAGGUGGACUCUACAGGACAGCUGUGAUGCACUGUCACGGGUCUUUAAUGUUCCUUACAUGUCCAGUUCAUGUAUCCAGCUGCAUUUGGGAGUGUGAUGCACUCUACAACAAGCCUUUUUUGGGCUUGUGGAGUCAGGG